AUGCAAUCGCCUACUAUCCUCUCCCGUACAAAAGGCUUUUUAGGCAUCACAUCACUCAACCACGUUGGCCGAGAUGCGUACAUCAUCAUCACCCUGCGUUCCCUCCGCAUGUUCACAGCGGGAAUCCCCAGCCUCAUCCUGGCACUCUUCUUCUCCUCGCUGAAGUUUCCAGACUCGCGAAUUGGCAUCUUCAUGACGCUAACACUGUUUGGCGACGUCCUGCUCUCACUGCUCCUCACUCUCGUAGCCGACAAACUCGGGCGGCGGAGGAUUCUGUUUGGAGGAAGCGUGAUGAUGGCCGGCUCGGGUGUCGUGUUUGCGCUGUCGGAGAACUUUUGGGUCCUCUUGGUGGCCGCCGUGUUUGGCAUUAUUUCCGUGACGGGCGCGGAUUGUGGGCCGUUUCGCGCGGUAGAGGAGAGCGUACUAAGUGGGUUGACGGAUGAGCGGACGAGAAGUGAUGUGCUGUCUUGGUAUGUGACGGCGACGACUAUGGCCGGGGCGGUGGGCGCAGAGGUGGCAGGGAGGACGGUGCAUGCGCUUGAGAAGAGUAGCGGGGAUGUUACAAAGGCUUAUCAUGCCUUGUUUUGGGGGUAUGCAGGGUUUGGGGUGUUGGGAAGUAUAUUAUGUUUGGGGUUGAGUGAUCGGUGUGAAGCGGCGGGUGAGAAGAGGGCGGAGAUGAAAGAACGGGGGAGGGGGAAUGGAGAGGGAGACGGGGAAGAGGAAGAAGUGUUGUUGGAGGCCAUGACACCUAGUACAGCAGAUGGAUUCGAAGACGGCGAAGAACGCCGUGCGCGACGACGGGAUCUUCGUGUCCCGGAACCGCAGAAUCAGAGCUACUUCAGCCAGAUAUCCAAACCGACAAGGACCAUCAUGUUCAAGCUCUGGAUCCUCCUCGCCAUCGACUCCCUGGCCGAUGGCAUGACGCCUUAUUCUCUCAUGAACUAUUAUGUCGACCAAAAGUUCCAUCUCUCCAAGUCCAGGCUCGGGGAUAUCCAGUCAGCCUCGCAGUUCCUGUGCGCUGUCAGUGCCGUGUUUGCUGGCCCCCUUGCAAAGCAGAUUGGGCUCAUCAACACAAUGGUCUUCACUCAUCUUCCCUCGUCAAUAGCAAGCGCUUUCAUCCCUCUACCUAAGACCGUGGGUCCCACGAUUGGGUUAUUACUGUUCCGCGCUGCGCUCAAUAGCAUGGAUCAAGCACCGCGUACCGCCUUCAUCGCCGCAGUCGUAAAGCCAGAAGAACGUACAGGUGUCAUGGGUAUCACGAGUAUGGUACGUACGCUUGCCAUGAGCGUCGGUCCGUCAAUCACAGGUUUACUCUCGGGAUCUGGAAACUUCUGGGUUGCAUUUCUCGCCACGGGCAUCUGCAGGAUCACGUAUGAUCUGGGGCUCUGGGUACUAUUCGUCAACGUCAGGGUGGACAGAGAUACGGGGGGGCAAGAGGACACGGAUAGCUUAAAUGAUGAUGCAUGGGAUGGAUUAUUGGGUGACAGUGAUAGCGAAGGGGGGAGCGAAGGGGGGAGCGAAGGGGGAAAGGUCAAGGAUCUUGACCGUGACGAACAUAGAGUCUGA